UUGUCUCUCACCAAAACGCAUGCAAUCCUCGUACGAGACGCUCUACCGAUCUAUCCACAGCUAGAAAUGGCAGACGACGAAGCGAAGACGACGACGACGACGAAGUACCCGCUGAACCGGGAGUCGUACCGGCUGCUGUGCAAGAUCGGGAGCGGCGUGAGCGCCGUGGUGUACAAGGCGGCGUGCCUGCCGCUGGGUUCGGCGCCGGUGGCCAUCAAGGCCAUCGACCUGGAGCGCUCCCGGGCGAACCUGGAGGACGUGUGGCGGGAGGCCAAGGCCAUGGCGCUGCUGUCCCACGCCAACGUGCUGCGCGCGCACUGCUCCUUCACGGUGGGCAGCCACCUGUGGGUGGUCAUGCCGUUCAUGGCCGCCGGCUCGCUGCACUCCAUCCUCUCCCACGGCUUCCCCGACGGCGUCCCGGAGCCCUGCGUCGCCAUCGCCCUCAGGGACACGCUCCACGCGCUGGCUUACCUCCACGGCCAGGGCCGCAUCCACCGCGACAUCAAGGCCGGGAACAUACUUGUGGACUCCGAUGGCACCGUGAAAUUGGGGGAUUUUGGGGUGUCCGCGUCCAUCUACGAGACAUCGGCGGCUACUUCCUUCUGCCACGUCCCUCGUGGUAGCCGUGGGACUCGUGGAAAGGCGGCUGUGCUGAGUUCUUCUUCUGGGACUUCGAGCUCUUACUUCAGCGACAUGGCCGGGACGCCGUACUGGAUGGCGCCGGAGGUGAUCCACUCGCACGUCGGCUACGGCAUCAAGGCCGACAUCUGGUCCUUCGGCAUCACGGCGCUCGAGCUCGCGCACGGCCGCCCGCCGCUCUCGCACCUGCCGCCGUCCAAGUCCAUGCUGUUGCGGGUCACGAGCUCCUCCCGCGUCCGGCUGGAGCUGGAGCUGGAGCACGACGCCAACAGGAACAGCAAGAAGAAGAAGCUCUCCAGGGCGUUCAGGGACAUGGUGGCAUCCUGCCUCUGCCACGACCCGUCCAAGCGGCCCUCGGCCGAGAAGCUUCUCCGGCACCCGUUUUUCAAAGGAUGCCGAUCCAAGGACUACCUCGUCCGUAACGUGCUCGUCGUCGUGCCGAGCAUCGAGGAGCGCUGCAAUGAGGAUGAAGACACGGAGGAACUCCUCUGCUGCGCCUGUGCCUCUGCAGGGGAGGCGCGCUGCGUGUCGCCGUGCCAUCGGCAGCAGACGGCGACGACGAACAUCGUCAAGAACCGUCGGAUCAGCGGCUGGAACUUCAACGCGGACGCCCCGCAGAAGGGAGACGAGCAGCGGUUCCUUGGUCCGUUCGACGACGACGAAGACGAUGACAUGGAUGAACGGGGAGCUUGCAAAUGCGCCGGAGACGAAGAAGAAGAUAAGGAGAUGAUAAUACAGCAGCAAGGUGUUGAUGAUCGAGAGAAGGAGGAUGAGGAGGGGUUAGGAUUGAAAGGACUGAUGGUUCCACAUCUGAUGACUAUCUUGGGGAGCCUCGAAAUGGGGAAAAGGAUGCUGACACAAGAGCUAGAUCAAGGUGGCUGCGGCUAUCGCCUUGACGGCGGCUGUGAGACGACGGCAAGGGAGGAGAUUCUGCUUGCGUACGUCUGCCAGCUCGAGCGGAGGGUGGAAGUGCUCGCCUUGGAGGUGGAGGAGGAGAUCACCAGAAACGCCCACCUCGAGGAAGAACUUCUUCAGGAGAGGGCUCAUGUCGAUCAGAUAACUUCAUCUCAGGCAUCUGGUAGCAAUUAAUAUGAUUCCGUCCAUGGGCCAGCAUCUGGUAGCAGUUAAUAAGGGCCCAUGGACCCAUACUACGGUAGAUAGAUAUUGCAAGGCCCAUGGAUCAAUACUACGGUAGAUAGAUGUAUUGCACUUGCUCGAACAAGUUCUGAAAAAAUCAGAGAGGGUUGCAACUUGCAACACCCGAAUUUGUAGUAGCAAUAUUCAAUACUCAUACUUUUUGUUGGUACUUGGUCGAUAUUAGCAUUACAAGAUAUAUAUGAACUUAUUUCUGAA